AUGACAGGUGACUCUCAGGUUCUGGAGUAUUUUCUGUCGUGCCAGAUCUGCUCCUCUGCCUUCACUGAGCCUGUGUCCCUGGAGUGCAACCACAGCUUCUGCAACAUGUGCUUGUGUAAGUUCUGGGACCAGGACGACGACAGAAGAUGCCCAGUCUGCGAAAGGUCGGCCUCCAAGGACAUACCGCAGGUCAAUUUGACCUUGAAGGGCCUGGCUGAUGUAUUUGCUGGCAGGACUCAAGAAAACGGCAACGUGGAGACGAAGCAGGAGGUGUUGUGCAGUGCACACGCGGUGAAACCGUCGUGGUUCUGCAUCAGUGAGGACAAACUGGUGUGUGAGGGGUGCGAGAGCAUCACUGCCCACGCAGGACACAAGCUCAAGCUUCUGCAAGAGAUUGUAGAGGAUUUGAAGCAAACUAUCACUCUGGACCUGAUCCCGUUGAAGAAGCAAGCGCGAGAAAGCAAAGACGUUGAGGACACUUAUGUGCAUAUGGAAAAGCACUUAAAGAGCCAGCGUGCACGGGUUGAGAAGAAGAUCAAGGAAGAGUUCGAGCAGCUUCAUCGGUUCCUGAGAGAGGAAGAGGAGGCCAGGCUAAGGGCAGUGAAGGAGGAGGCCGAGAGGAAGAUGACGAUCAUUAAAAGAGAGCUGAAGAUCAUCCGGGGACAGAUCCAUGUUCAGACAAAGGCCAUCUGCCGUGUGGAGGUUGACCUGAAACAAGAUGAUGCAUCAUUUUAUCAGGACUACAGUCGUACCCAGGCAAGAGUCCAGUGCAAACUGCAGGACCCGUAUGUGUUCUCUGGGGCGAUGCUGGAUGUCGCUGAACAUCUGGGAAACCUCAAGUGCAAAGUUGGGCAGAAGAUUGUAGAGACGGUGAAAUACUACCCAGUGAUCCUUGACCCCAACACAGCAGAUGGCUGGCUCUGUGUGUCUGAAGACAUGACGACGGUGACGGAGGUCAGAACCAAACAGGACGUUCCAGACAACCCAGAGCGCUUCACAAAGUACAUCUACGUGCUGGGCUCGGAGGGCUACGACUCUGGCGAGCACAGCUGGGAGGUGGAGGUGGGGGACAGGAAAAGGUGGAGCCUGGGCGUAGCCAACGAGUCUAUCGAGAGGAAGGAGGAGACGUUCCUGGAGCCCAAGUUUGGAUUUUGGACGAUCUGGAUGGAUGAAUCGAAGUGCACUGUGGGCGGCAUUGAGGUCGAGCUGGAGAAGAGACCGGAGAGGAUCAGGAUCCAACUGGAUUAUGGGAAAGGACUGCUGUCCUUCUACGACGCCGACGACAUGACCUACAUUCACACGUACCAAUCCAUUUUCACAGAGAAGGUCUACCCAUUCUUCAGCACAGAGACGGAUGAGAGCACCACAGGCAUCCAGAUCAGCCCGUUCAAAAUGUCCUUGAUUGCAAAGUGCAAACCCAUAGUUGCAAAGUAUGCAGAGAUCUAA